AUGUCAACCACAUCAGGCCUAACGCGCCGGAGAGGCGGCCCCCCCGCCGGAGCCGGUGCCACGGGCGGCGCAUCCACCCCGACAGAAGACAGCGGCCGCAACUCGUCGGGCGGCGGCCCAGAAACUUCCUACGAGUCGGGGGAGAACGGUCACCGGAUUGCGUUUGACCCCCGCGACAUCUCGGAGAGCGCCGAGAGGUCGAAGCAGCCCAAGUUGACGCUGAUGGAGGAGGUGUUGCUGCUUGGGUUGAAGGAUAAGCAGGGUUACCUCUCCUUCUGGAACGACAACAUCUCGUACGCCCUCCGCGGCUGCAUCGUCCUUGAGCUUGCCUUUCGCGGGAGGAUCUCGAUGCAAAAGAACGCUUCGAGGAGGAACCUCCCGCUGCCGGACAGGGUGAUUGAGGUGGUGGAUGACACGUUGACGGGGGAGGUGCUGCUGGACGAGGCGCUCAAGAUGAUGAAGAGCAGUGAGAAGAUGAGCGUGAGCAGUUGGAUUGACCUCAUGUCUGGCGAAACAUGGAACCUAAUGAAAAUCGGCUAUCAACUCAAACAAGUCCGCGAGCGGCUCGCCAAGGGCCUCGUGGACAAGGGCAUCCUCCGCACCGAAAAGCGCAACUUUUUGCUGUUUGACAUGGCGACCCACCCCGUCGUGGACGGGGGCGCCAAGGAAGAGAUUCGCAGGCGGGUGCGCAACGUGUUGACGCAGCGGACGGUGGUGUUGAACAAUUCGCAGUGGCUGCCGGAGGGGCUAGAGUUUAGGUACUUGAGGACGGUGGCGAUGGUGUGCGCGGCGUACGCGGCGAACGUGCUGGAGAACGCGCUGAGCACGCUGGGGCACGAGGCGAGGGAGAAGGCGUUUAACCAGACGGAUGAGCUGCUGGCCGAGUACAGCCAGUGGCCGUUUGGGAGGGGGGCGGUGAGGAAUGAUAUUGGGGAGAAUCUGCCGGGGGUUAUUACGGAGGAAGUAAACAAGGCAAAGGACAAGGAGCUGCAGCUCGAGGUUGUGGCGGCUUGUUUGUGCGUUUUUACGAGGUUGGAUUCGCUGCUUUAGUUUGUUGGUUUGGUGGGAGGCUUGGGCUGUGAGAACAACGACAACAGCAUCCAGCAUUCGACAUGUGGAAAUUCAACACGCAGCGAUGCGGUCGACGAUGACGGUUACCAAAGCUGGACCGCUGGGGCUGGGUAGAAAUCUGGAAUCUGGAAACGGGCAGGGAAGCAAGGGGGGACAGGCUACAAAAACAUUGGGUCUGAAUGGGGGAUGGAGAUAUUCAGCUGGGGAAGAAGGGGGGAGGACAAAUUACCAUGUCAAACGAUACGUAAUGUAAGGGGUGGUGGGACGGUAGGUGGCAGACAGACAGACAACAAGCAGAAAAGGGGCAGGCAGGCAGGAAAGCGCUUUUUUAUUUUUUAUUUAUUUUAGAAUUCUGUUUGUUUGGUUUGGACUGCUGCCGUGGGCUAUACCUCCUUUUUAUUUUUUUUUCUUCUUUACUUUAAAGUUUAGGUUUUUGUAUGGUUUUUUUAUACUAUUGAAUGCUGCUCUUUUUUUUUUCUUCUGGCUUGUUGUUUGCAAUGCGCUGGAAAAACAAGACGGGAAAUGAAACUGGUCUGGCUGGGUGGAGGUUGGUAGGUAGGUAAGGUAGGUUGGUACGUUGUAGUUGGCUUUGGUAGGGAGAAAAAAUUGGAGUUUUUCAUGUUUGUUUGUUUUGUUCCAAAGGUUGUCAUGAUAUGUAUGGUCUGUCUGUCUGUUUAGUUUCUUUUUAAUUAACGUUUUUCAAAAAACAAAAAAAAAAAAAAGGACUUGACCUGGAUAUUGGCUGGGGAAUUCCAAAGGAGAGUUAUAUCAUUCUUUUCCUUUUUGCCUGCCUACACGCCUGUUUCCGAGGAUAUAUAUCAACAACGCCAGCCGACCGGACAAGUGUGUUUUUCUCGCUCCCCUUUCCACUUUUCACCUCCUUCCCCUUCACCUAUACCCAUGUUUGAUGCCACUCAAACAAUGCAAGCAAAAAAGCCCAAACAGCGGAACAGGACAGAGAAGAACCAAAAAGAGCAUAUAUACAUAAGCAACCCCCAGACGCCCAAACCAAAAACAAAAACAGCCGAAUUCCCCCCCAAGAAAAAACACACAAACCCGCUUGUUUUGAUCCCUGCUGCUGCACCCCAACAUCGCCCAGCCCUGCAGAACCCCUCCUACUUCCCCUCAAACCCCGGCCUCCCCCCCUUCUUCUUAGUCUGCACCCCCUUCCCCUUCUUCCCCUUCCCCUUUCCCCUCCUAUUCGCCAUCUUCUCAUCCUUCCUCUUCUGCAAAUUCUCCUCCCUCUUCUUCUGCCUGUCAUGAAUACUCUUCUG